UUUCUUCGUUUAGGAUUUUUGCUGCUUUUUAAAAAUUCUUUUUGUUUUGGAUUGUAGUUUUGUUUUCUUUCUUUCAUGGAGCUUUCUUUAGGUUUUACAGUCAGGAAUAAGAAAGUUGUAAACAAUUAUUGUACACCAAUUUUUUUUCUCGUCAAGUGAGCUAAUGUGUUUCGGGGCGAGCACUCUUUUGUGCUUCCCUCUCAAUUUCAAAACUUUGCCGCUCCGCCUCGGCUUGAGGCUUAGCAUGCGCACGUUAAAUUUAACACACACGUGCACGAGCACACAUUGUCCGACUUGUCGCUAGUUACGGCGACGGCAUGUGCUUGCUUGCAUGACGUAAUAAUUGUAUGGCUUGUGCAUGCAUGCGUGUACAGGAGCUUUAGGCCAAAGGGGAAGGAUUCAUAAACACACUAGAAUCUAGAAUCUAGAGCAAGAGUAAGACAACUGUUAAUAACCGUUUGGGAUGCCGUCGUAUGCACUAACUAUGCACACAGUGUAAACGUUGCCAGUCUUGACACAGAUUUAGGACUUUCUCCAAACUAAAGCGAAGCCGAAGCCCGUAGAUCUGGAAGUAGAAUCCAACGCAACGCAUCAGCUGUCAAUACAAAAUACAAGCGUAAAAGAAACACCGUGUCGUUUCCACAGAGUACAAAGCCGAUGUGAAACGGUGCGUAGCCUCGUACGAGAAGACCGUACUGUAGUAUGACAAGGUAAACCAAGGUCACCGGAGCCAGCCAAUGACGAAACACAGUUCUGCGCUCAUGUUCUAAAUAUAGAUGCGGUGAUGCAAGAUACUUCGCCCCGGCUCACAACUCCCAGCCUUGACUUAUUUCAAAUCUCUGAAGGUCUGGUGUUGUAUUCAAAGAACUGAAAUCACCAAGUAAACAAAUUGAAAGUGUGUUAGUGAAUUCUGAGUUUCUAUUGAAAACCCGCGAUUUUAAUGCUGAGGCCGUUUGGUUGGACUGACCCAUCGUAACCGGAACUUUAUCAGGAGUGGCCAUAGGCCUUGCCAGUCAAUCAAUGGAGUUUGUUAACCAAUGAAACGCGAGCUUCGUGACGUAGCUCUGCCGACAUAUUUCCUAUCCAAUCACAGCGUGAGAACUUUUCAUGCUUCACUCAUGGGGUCUUUCCCCCCCUGCCCGCAGUACGUGGCCUCGCUGAUGCGCGCGCACACAUAUAACUUCAUUUGCAUCUAACCGGCAAGUCAAACCAGAAGACACACACACACGAGGUCCGUCGAGUAUCAAGAGGCGAACGAGCGCGGUCUUAUCGCCACCACCACUACUAGUACUAUAAAAGAUACUAGGCCUACUAGCGCAGCAAUGGAUAGUGAAAUUCCCGUAUCUACAGGUGACCUUAUCGUCAACAACGUUGACCUCGACGAAGGGGUUGUUAUUGAUUUGGAAGAGGCCCGUGGGCUGUCCACUGGAACACCUCUCCUUAAAAACGGCUCUCUGAAUGGGAUGCUGACAGCCGAAGGCCUGCAUAAGAGUUCAAAAGACUCAGGUUUUUCCUCUCGAAUGUCUGAGGCCGGUGCUGACGCAGAUGAGAGAGCCCGCCAUUUACUACUGGGCGAGCACAAAGGAGCCUUGACAAAACGCCUCAACAGGAUCUCAGAGUGCCAAUAUGAGGAGCCAUGUGCAUGUUCUCCCGGUGGAGUGGCAAAGGCUGCGGCCAAGAUCCUGGGCGUCCUGUGCCUGCUCUACAUGUUUAUCUGCACCCUAGAUUUACUGAGCAAUGCAUUCCGACUGUUGGGAGGAAAGACUGCUGGGAGCGUGUUCUCUGACAGUGAUCUCCUCCGUAACCCCAUCACUGGACUGAUGAUUGGUGUCUUGGCUACCGUCAUCCUGCAGAGCUCCUCCACGUCCAGCUCUAUUGUCAUCACAAUGGUGUCCUCAAACAUCAUUGAGAUCCAGCCUGCAAUUCCAAUCAUCAUGGGAGCGAACAUUGGGACCACAGUCACCAACACUUUGGUCUCUCUAGCCCACUCUAUGGAUAGGCGGGAAUUCCGGAGAGCUUUCAGUGGAGCUGUGGAUAUUUGUACCACUUCACUCAGAUCAUUGUAGACAGCUUUAACAUGGAGGACAUGAAAGCCAAGAAGCAGGAUUUGUUGAAGAAACUGACCAAGCCCCUCACUAGCAGGAUUAUCAAGGUUGACAAGAAGGUCAUCACUGGUGUUGCUGAGGGGAAACCUGAGUAUCUGAACAAGACACUUCUCAAGGUUUAUUGCUCGUAUGAGAAAGUACCCAGCUUUGUGAUGGUGAAUGAGUCCUCUACCGACAACGUCACUGGUGAAACCUCAUGGGAAAUGGUGAACAAAUCUGUCGAGAUCAAAGUUCCUUUGGAGAAAUGCGACUCCCUGUUCAGCCAGCUUGGCUGGAGCGACAGUGUGUCUGGCAUUGUGCUCUUCCUCUCCUCCAUCCUGCUGCUGUCCAUCUGCCUGUACCUCAUGGUCAAAAUCCUCCACUCCCUGCUGGGCGGACAGAUCGCCAAAGCCGCCCGUAAGACCAUCAACGCUGACUUCCCCAGGCCUUUCCACUGGCUGACUGGCUACGUGGCCAUCAUUGUGGGCGCUGGGCUGACCAUCUUGGUGCAGAGCAGCUCUGUGUUCACCAGCGCCCUGACCCCCCUGGUGGGUGUUGGCUGUUUGAAGCUGGAGCGCAUGUUCCCACUCACCCUGGGCUCCAAUAUUGGAACCACGUUCACAGGUAUUCUGGCAGCACUGGCGUCAUCCUCCAGCACAAUGAAGGUUGCCCUGCAGCUGGCCUUCUGCCACCUGUUCUUCAAUAUCACUGGAAUUCUUAUCUUCUACCCCGUCCCCAAGAUGAGGAAAAUCGUCCUGGGAUGUGCUAAAUAUCUGGGCCGUACGACAGCUCAUUACAGAUGGUUUGCCAUUGCAUAUCUUAUUUGUAUGUUUAUUUUGUUCCCUGGUUUCUUUUUCGCGAUAUCUUUUGCUGGUAAGAUUGUUUUUAUUGUUGCUUUGUCACUUAUCUCUCUUAUUGCCGUCUUUGUUGUUGUUGUUAAUAUUAUGCAGAAAUCAAAACGAUUGGAGAAGUUUCUUCCUCUUACUCUCCGUACAUGGGAAUUCCUUCCAGAGUUUAUGCGAUCUCUGGCGCCCAUGGAUAGAUGUCUUCAGAAGGCAAUUGAGCCUCUAUCAAAGUGCUGUUGUCAGUGUUGUAUCAAUCGUUGCUCAUGUCUAAGUGCAAAUCAGAAUGAAGAUAGCGGUUACAUCGAUAGUGAUACUGAGGAUUCUAACGGCUGUUCUGUUCAGUCGUCUUAUUUACCAUCUGCUACCUCCUCCAAAUUCUGUCUUGCCGACGGUAAAAUUCCUGAAUCGAAAAAAAUCUACAGGCCAAAAGAGUCUGCAUCUAGGAAAAGUAGCUUAAGCAAAAAGUCUCAAUCACCCCUGUUAGGCAGGCGAGUGCAAGUGGAAGACCUGAAUACCAGUGUUGUAAGUUGUAAUGAUGAAAGUGUGUCGCACUCUAGCAAUACAAGCUCCAAAAGUAACAAAGACAUUGGGGCUUCAACCCUUGUUCAAGUAGAAGAUGAAACGGUACGCAAAUCUCCAGUAUCCGAGAGAUCCUCUUUUAAAGAAACUGCUCCAUCCAAAGACAGCGAACUAGCAAGUAGUAGCAGCAGAUUAUCCCACUCCCAAGAAGGUGAUACAGAAGUAGAUCGUGCAUCUAGUAACGACAUUGACAAUAUGAGAGAGAGUAUAAUAUGAGGGUCUGUGUGUAUUCAAUUGCUGAGACCUUGUGGUGCGCAUGUCCUGCCAAAAAGACGAGGAGGACAGGGAUUUCAACCAACCCCUGUCCGGCCCAGUUUGGCGGGGCAAGUCAUCCAGCACCUCUCCGUGGUGCGCACUAGUAACCGCUUUCUUGCGGGCUAAGCUGGAUGAGAUAUUCUGCAGUGAUUCCCUCACACUAUCGCCAAGGAACUGGGCUAUUGGACGCCUGUUUCGCUUCCUCGGGUUGGGAGAAUAUCUCAUGGCAGUCUUUCAUUUCCGAAAAAUUGUCAGAUUAACUGACUUUGCAGUGCUCAAACAUUUACAAAUCAACAGGAGGGAAAUCUGCUUCGAAAUUGUUAAAAAUAAAUGCUUCACAUGCAUUUUGAAUGUCUUUGUGAUAGUACAACGAAGACACACCUAAGGUUGUUCGCACACAUGUCCAGCAAUUGGAAGACACAGUAUCACAACUGGCCCUCAGUUUGCUCUUCUAUGUUGAACAUUUGAAUUGCGAAGCCCAUAUCAUUUUGCAUUUUGACCUCUAUAGGUAUUUAAAAGUUAUUAACACUACCAGCAUUAGUCUGUGAUCAUUUGGAUUCAAUCAAUGAUUUGAUUUGUCAGUUAACAAACUCCAUCCUUCCCAAA